AUGCCUCGUCUUCCAACUCGCAAACUGGGCAAGUACGGCCCCGAUGUCGUCGCUCAAGGCUUUGGAACCAUGGGUUUAAGUACAUUUUACGGCAAAGUCGACUCCGACGAAGAGCGUUUCAAGGUCCUCGACCGAGCCCUUGAGCUUGGGCAAACCAACUGGGACACAGCAGACAUGUAUGGAGAUUCCGAAGACCUACUUGGCAAAUGGUUCAAACGAACUGGAAAACGUGAUCAGAUUUUCUUGGCCACGAAAUUCGCAAAUAAAAUCGGUGCAGAUGGAAGUUUUUCAAUUGAUUCCAGUCCGGCGUAUGUGAAAGAAGCGUGCGCGAAGAGUUUACAAAGAUUGGGGGUAAAAUCCAUCGAUUUGUAUUAUUGUCAUCGGGUAGAUGGGAAGACACCCAUUGAGAAGACAGUGGAGGCCAUGGCUGAGUUGAAGAGAGAAGGAAAGGUCAAAUAUCUAGGACUCUCAGAAGUUAGCGCAAAGACGAUCCGACGUGCAGAGAAGGUCCACCAUAUUGAUGCUGUCCAAAUCGAAUACUCUCCAUUCGCAUUGGACAUUGAACAGAAUGAUGUUUUGAACACUUGCCGCCAGCUGGGCAUCGCUAUCGUUGCUUAUUCACCCCUCGGCCGUGGUUUCCUCACUGGUCAAUACAAAUCCCCAGCCGACUUCGAGCCUACCGACUUCCGUCGCAUGGCCCCUCGAUUUUCUGCAGAGAACUUCCCGAAGAAUCUUGUUCUAGUAAACGAUUUGGCGAAAAUCGCCUCUGAGAAAGGUGUCUCAACAGGACAAUUGACAUUAGCGUGGCUGGCUGCUCAGGGAGACGAUGUUAUCUCGAUCCCUGGAACAAAGAAGAUCAAGUACUUGGAUGAAAACGUGGGUGCAUUGCAUGUGCAGCUCAGUAGACAAGAGGAGAGGGAGAUAAGAACGGCUAUUGAAAAGGUAGUGGUUAGUGGUACGAGAUACCCAGCGGGCAUGGAAGGCUCUUGUUUUGCCGAUACUCCCGAGUUGUGA